AUGGACAGUCAGGUCUUCGUCGAUGCGCCCGAAGCGCCCAGCGACCAACCCACCCAGGCCGCCACCCAACGACAACACCUAGACCGAUCGGCGCCCUCGACCUACUCCUCCACCCUCUCCAUACCACCUCCCGGGUCGGUAUUGACGGGCAAGCAAGAGCACUACCUCAAGCGCGAGCUUCUCUCCCAACAAACCGCAUGGGAGGUGCAUGAGCUUUCCCACCCCACCGCGCUGCAACGCUUCGGUGCGCCCUUCAAGUCCGACGCCGGCGAGGUCGCGCCCGAGGACUCCGAGCUGCCCUUGCUGCGGUACAUCUUCGUGCACUUUGUGCGCAACUUUCCCUUCCUGAACCAGGCGAAGGAGAAGGAGUUCUGGCAGGACAAGCUGCAGAGCUUCUUGGAGAGCUUUGCCAACAAACAUAUCAGUAGUAGUGAGGACCGGCUGGAGCAGACGAAGCGCGCGAAGCUGGCAUUGAAGGCGACGAAACUGGUCGAGCUGAUGAUGGUGUCGGGCAUACCGACUGCGAGCGGCUACGAGGAACGCAUCCGUUUUAGUGAGAUGGAGGUGGUGGAUCGGGGCGCCAAUGAGCAAGGCUUGGUGGUUAAUAGGCCCGAAGGGCAUGAGAUCAAUGGCUGGGAUGUCAAUGUGGCGGGCGUCAGGAUGGUGAGCGCGAAGAGGCACAUCCGUCACCACCAACACGCCGAGUUCAUUCUGCGGGUGAAGAGGAAGGACGAGCACGAAAUCUACGUCGCACGACGCUUUGGAGACUUCGGACGCAUGCACAAGAGACUACGCGCGGAGCUGCCGGGCAAAGUCCUCCCACCACUACCACGCAAAAACCGGGCACAUUCCAUCUACAGCGGCGACAACGAUGACGAUGACGACGAGGACGCCUCCUCCUUCUCCACAAAAGAAGAACGACACUCUCGUCCCAGCGACGCAGGCGACCCCGAACCCAGCACAGCAGCCGGCGGCUUCCGCGCCUACCUAGGCUCAUGGGUCGGCGGCGGCGGCACCCCCAGCGGCCGCCACUCGCGCAACCAAUCCCGCUCCUCCAACCUCUCCGCCAGCGGCAACUCCCCCCGCCCCUCCGUCGACUCGACCACCAUCCCCGGCUCGCCCGAGCGAAGAGCGACCCCCUCCCAACACCCUCCCCCAGAACCUCAGCUUUUACACAGAGAAGACCAACGCGUCUCCCUGCGCGCCUUCUUGCGCAACUUCCUCCAAAACGAAGCCAUCGCCAAUUCAACCGCCAUGACCGACUUCCUCACGCGUAACCCAAUCAUACCAACCGCGGAAGAACGAACCGACAUUGCCCGCCGCAAGGCCAUGGACGAAAAGCGACUGGAAGAACAACGCCGUUUCUUCGAAGUCGCCCGCGAGAGAGCGAGAGAGCUGGACGUGCACAUGGAGAAGUUCCGGCGGAAAGUCAUCGAACGCAACGGGCUACGCGAUCUAUUCGCCGAAAUCCGAAAGAAAGACCGGAUCGCGGAGUUGGAUCCUGAGUACAAGAAGUUUGCGGAAUGGCUGAGGAUCGAAGUGGCGGCGACACUGUAUCAUCUAUUCCUGGCCGAGGAUAAUAGUCCGGAACUUUUUGCGCAGGCGAAACGGAUACACAGUCUGGUUCCCUACGGCGCGCUGAAGCAGGUGAUUCGGUUCACGAACCCGGCGGCGGUCAUGGCCGCUAUAUUGGAUAUUUUCAUGGCGCAGCCGUUGGGGGCGAAGAGUCUGUUGCAGCGGAUCUUUGGCUUUGCGUUGGGCGAUGGGAUCAGGAGCUUGCAGAAGAGUAUUGAUGCGCUCGCGCCGCGGAUCGGGGAGGCGGCGAUGUGCGAGAAGAUUGCGCGGUACGCUGCCGCGGCGGAGGAGGUGAAGCAGAGGGUGCGACGGGAGGCGGCGGAGGAAGGGGUGGAUUUGUUGGUGCGGAUUUUGCAGUCGAGCGAGAUUCAGCCGGAGUUGUCGGAUGAGCAGGUCGGGCGCGCGUUCAAUGCGUAUGUGGCGUGGGAUCGGGCGGUGGAGGAGCGGAGUAACACUGACGCCACUGCACCCACGACUUCCUCCGCGGAUGGCCAUGCCGGCGUACAGGAAGCGGAAGGGGAAGACGAUCCGAUGCAGCGCGGCGCGGAACUCUACGCCUCCCUCAAGCAACUCCUGAAGUUGCACACCCGACAGAGGGAUAAGAAGAUGAUGCUGGAGAUGGUGGAGGAGCCCAACACCCUCCGCCUCUUCCGCGACCUCUUCACCAUCUUCUACGAGCCGCUCGUGCGCGUCUACAAAUCCGCCAACGUCUACAACUCCGUCACCGACUUCGCCGCCUUCGCCACCGACGCCAUCGCCACCAUCGAGCGAGCCCAACGGGCCGACAUCUCCGCCGACCCGAAUCAGACGGUGCAGUCGUUUAUCGAUUUGUGUGAGCGGCAUGAGGAGGAUUUGUACAAAUUCAUUCAUGAGGUGCAUAUUCAUGAUGACGGGUUGUUUGAUAAGCUGAUGGUGUGGAUUGAGGGGAUCCUGGAUUUCUUACGGAACGGACCGGUUAAUCGAAGGGGAGAGAGGGGCAGGUUGGAUCUGAACCGCUUGUUCGUGCAGAGUGUGGAGGGGGGCGUGGUGGAGGGGGAGGUGGUGGUCAGGGAGGUGAAUGCGCUGAUCAAGUGGCAGAUGGCGCGGAAGCGGUGGCAUCAGGAUAAGACGCGGUUGAAGAUGGCGUCUGCCGAUGCUACGUCGGGCUCACAACAACCACCACAACAACAACAACAACAGAUGGGGAAUUUGGCGGCGGCGUUUAAGCCGGGGGAUUUCGGGUUGCAUCCGCUUGAUUUGCAGGAGUUGGGGGGUGGCGAGGAGGACGAUGUGGAUGGCGAGGAUGGGGAUAGUAGUGAGGAUGAGGAGGAGGAUCGGGAUCCGUUUGAAGCGGAGAGGAGGAGGCGGAGGAGGGGGACGAAUGCGGAUGUGCUCAGGCGGAGCGCGGGGGAGCCGGUCAAGCCGAUGGUGCAGGAGUGUGGGAAGAUGAUGCCCGGGUUUGUGGGGAUGUUGCGGAAGGUGCUUGCGGAGUAA